AUGGACACGAAAAUGCUGCAACCGGAAUGGUGGUUCACAAAUGCGAGAUCGUAUGCGGAGAACCCGCAAGAUCCGGAGAUUCCCAGUGAACAAACACCACAAAUGUUGGAUCUCCCCUCUCGUCCCUCCGUUGUCCAACCGACUUUCGCUCUUCCAUCACUCGGAUAUCAUCAUGAAGAAAAUCAUUCACACAACUUGUCCACAACAAAUGAUUUCUCGACCCUUGCACCACCAAUUUUUCCAAUGUUCUCACCGUUUCCCACAUCCGAUGGUGAUUUUCAUCAUCCCCAUCCCCAUCAAGCGCAUCAUUCGAUUCCCGCACAUUUCGAUAUUCCCAUUGAUUCCCCGCAACUCUCUCGGCCGUCCGUUCUCACUCAUGGAUCCGAUGCAGCAAAGUUUGAUCCUGCCUACACAAUUCCCUACUACGCGAGUAGAGUAGAUGAGCUCCUUUUCCCACAACCAAUGUUGGGUUGUUUCGACGGUGGAAUGUACUUGGGAGUGAAAAAAAAAGAACAAUCCGAGGAUCAGCUUCAUCAAAAUGCGUCAAAAGCUUCGAAAGGCCGGCAAAAAUCGAGCAGUUUGGUGGUUCCGUCUUUGAAAAAACAA